GUCGUGUACCGAACGCCCCGACAGGUUGACCAAUGUUUUGCCCGAGUAACGAAACACUUCAAAGCCUUACGGAAAAGACGAAGCUGCUGGCCCACAAGUGUACGCAGCAGAUUCGCAACAAUGCCACCGCGGGUACCGCCACCGGAGAUGGGGCUAGUACAGGUGCGACAGGUGGUCAGCAACAGGCAACACCGGCGACUGAUCCUCAGCGCUCAGCCUGCAAGGAGAAUGGAGCGAGCGGAAAGGAGGAACGGUUGGGAGGGAUGGCCGGUGGGACGUUGCGUUGUUUCUGUCCGUGCAAGGGUACGAUCAGCAAACUGAUGAGCAGGAAGUUGGCCACCGCUAGCAAGGAGGGUCAGAGUCAGCGCACCACCAAGUGGUAUGUCAAGCAGCCCACCUGGCGGUUGUGGGGUGAAGAACGUGAGGAGAACGCCAUCUACACGGUUUACCUUAAGAAGGUCCGGUACCAUCGACCAACACCCAGUGCCAGCAGCCAAGAUUCCGACGAUGAAAUAUCGCACCUGGAGUGGGAAACCGUACGGGUACGGUUCGUCAAGGCGGCCACCCUAUCCCGGCUGGUUGAUGCCCUCGCAACCGACGACGGCGAGCUCGAGAGCACGUUCGUGAACGUGUUUCUGAACACCUACCGUACCUUCGCACAGCCGGAAAAGGUGUUGGAGCUGCUGCUGGACCGGUACGAGAAGCUGCACGCUGAACCGGCCCUCCUGCAGCCCGAGUCCCUAUCGGACCAGCACAAGAAAACUCUAGUCUCUGUUCUUCACGUGUGGCUCGAUGGGUUUCCCGAGGAUUGGGACACGGAUAAUUUGCAACGAUUGCUAGCAUUCACCUCAAAGCGUUUGCCAAAAUCGGAAAUACAUAUGAAAGCUUUAAAUAGGUUUACACAUAGGUUAGAUAAGUACAGUAGAAUACCACCACCGCUGCCAUGGUCCAACGAUUAUCACGAUUUCGCCGACCAGUUCGGUGGCCUCUGUCUGACACCAGCAUUCCGCGGUCCACCGUCCCACCUGCUAAACUCGUACCGCUUCCCCAACAUUCCGGUGAAGCACUUUGCCGAGCAGCUAACCCGCAUGGAUAUGGAGUUGUUCAAGCGGCUGAUACCGCACCAAUGUCUCGGUGCGAUCUGGUCCAACCGGGACAAGCAUGAGUGUAGCUCGGUCCUAGCAACCGUUACCCAGUUCAAUGCCGUUUCGUUUCGUGUAAUCUCAAGCAUACUGAUCGAGCCACGGUUAAAGCCACAGGAACGAGCGCUUCUCAUCUCGACGUGGAUCGAUAUUGCGCAGGAGCUGCGAUUGUUGAAGAAUUUCUCGUCGCUUAAAGCGAUCAUUUCUGGCCUGCAGUCGAAUGCGGUGUAUAGGUUAUCAAAGACGUGGGCCGUGUUGCCAAGGGAUAAGCUGGAGCUUUACAACGAGCUGGCACGAAUAUUCUCCGAGGACAAUAAUGCGUGGGCACAGCGGGAAGUUCUAAUGCGCGAAGGGACGGCCAAAUUUGCGGACACAGUCGGCGAAAACGAUCGACACCUGCAAAAGGUGUUCCAGAAGCAGAACACGCUCAUCAGCCACGGCACGAUACCGUACCUCGGGACGUUUCUAACCGAUCUGACCAUGAUCCACGCUGCCAUUCCGGACACACUACAGGAUGGGCUGAUCAAUUUCGAUAAACGGCGAAAGGAGUUUGAGGUGCUAGCUCAAAUUAAGCUACUACAGGGAGCGGCCAAUACGUAUCACUUGCCGGAUGAUCCGCUGUUUGAUCGAUGGUUCGCUUCGUUGCUUGUGUUGGAUGAACGGGCAGCACACACGCUUAGCUGCUCACUAGAACCAGCGCCCGAAAUGACUAAAAGGCCUCCAACUCAACACCCAGGAGGGGGCACCGGGGGUGGAGGGGGAGGAGGAGGUGGUGGAGGAACUCCGGGACACAAGAAGAGUGAUUCGAUAGCUUCAAACUCAAGCAGCGGAGCAGGUUCUCAGUUUUACUGUGAUAUUAACAGCACGUCAAACGCAAGUUACAGUUCACGCAACAACUCGCUCGAUCGUGACGCUACUCCACCGAAUGCUUCGAUUUUAUCUGCCGCUAGCAGUGUGUCUUCCCUCUCGAUGGACUCUACAACAUCAGGUAGCCAGCGAUCGAAUCACAAUGGAGGUGUUGGUAGUGUACGAACACCGCAAUCGAAUCGAUCGCAAGGCAACGGUACGGUUGCGAACCGAAGCGCAAACGGUUCGAAAGAUCUAGAAGCACCCAUCAUCAAUGGGCAGCUGGUGCAAAACUCUCCGCUCAAGAGUAGUUCGCCCGAUUUCUACAUCAUAAAGGUGACGUACGAGACGGAGCAGGUUGAGCUCGAUGGUAUCGUGCUGUACAAGAGCAUUAUGCUAGCAAAUAACGAGCGUACGCCUCAAGUGAUUCGAAACGCGAUGCUUAAGCUCGGUUUGGAGGGAGAUCCCGAUCGGUACACGCUAGCGCAGGUUCUUCCCGACAAGGAACUACUGCUACCAAACAAUGCGAACGUGUACUAUGCCGUAAACACCGCCUACAACCUUAAUUUCAUUCUGCGACCGAAGAAGGACACUACGGGUAGUAGCUCUUCGGUGCCGAGUUCCACCGGUCGUCCCUAGGACGAUUAUUCGGUAGACGUUUGUACAUUUAUUUUAAGCCUAGU